CAACCGACAGCGAGUUAUCACCUGGGGUGAUUUUGAGAGGGAGUUACUCACACGCUUUGGUACAUCCGACUACCACAACUAUGAUGAGGCAUUGACUCGUAUACGGCAGACAGGUAAUCUACGUGAUUAUCUGAAGGAAUUUGAACGUUUAUCUUGCCGAGUACGGGACUGGCCCGAAACUGCAUUAGUAGAAGCAUUCGUAGGUGGCCUGAA